CCAAAACAAACCAAUGUCAUCCGUACAACAACAACAACAACAACAAAACCACCACCACCACCAACAACAACAACAACAAAAACAGCAGCAAGACCACCACCAACAACAACAACAACAAAGAUACAACCCGCCCGUGUACACCUCGACACCGAUUCCUAAAAAAUACGAGGAGAACGUGAAAUCAAUAGAAAAUGUUGGAUUCAUGAACGAGUUUGCUCAAGAUGGUUUCUUUGAUACACAAAAACUUUCAGUCGGACAAAAUGAGAGAAUAAAGAAAGAUUCAAACGAGAAAGAAUAUAAGGCAGGGGCAGCCAAUUUUAACAGAGAAAGAAAUUACAACGAUAUAUUUGAAGUGGAAAAAUAUGAGAAAGAAUCCCAGAAAAAUAGAAUCAGAGAUUUCCACAAAAAUAAUCCAAAUGGUUACAGUGAUUAUCAGAAUAAUCAGAACGGUAACAAUGGCUAUCAGAAUAAUCAGAACGGUUACGGUGACUAUCAGAAUAAUCAGAAUUGGAAUGGAGACUAUCAGAAUAAUCAGAAUUGGAAUGGAGACUAUCAGGCAAAUGAAAGAAAUAAUAAUGAUGACUAUCAAAAAGACUACCAAAGUUACAAGGAUUACCAAAAUGAAAUUAACACUGAAAACUUUGAUGAUUAUGACUACAAUUCAUAUCAGUUAGAACCGGAGAAUAAGUUUAGACCUGAAUCAAGAGAGAUUUUAACGCCGGAAUCCAGAUCUAUUCAUUCGCCAGCCAGUCAAGCGAUAUCAGUAGGCUCGGCUCCUGCAUCUCUUCCCCCUCCCCCGGGCAUGCUCAGCAUGCAGCAUGAUUCCGUUUUUGAAGAACCCUUUGAUGUACCAAAGCUUGGUUCAAGUGUUGAAUAUAAACCUCCAGAGGUUAUCUACAACCAGCUUUACUUAGAGAAACAGAAGAAACAGCAAUCAAACUCAAACCUAGACCAAUAUACUAAACCCAACUCUAGUCCCUACUCUAAUCCCAACUCUAGUCCCUACUCUAAUCCCAACUCUAGUCCCUACUCUAAUCCCAUCUCUAGUCCCUACUCUAAUCCCAUCUCUAGUCCCUACUCAAAUGCCAACUCUAGUCCCUACUCUAAUCCCAACUCUAGUCCCUACUCUAAUCCCAACUCUAGUCCUUUCUCUAAUCCCAACUCCAAUGCUGGAAGAUCUAAGCAGAGUCGAAUGGAAGAUGAACUCCCAAAAAGAAGAAUUUCUUUUGAAGAUGUUACUGGAUUGUCCAGGGGUGAACAGCUGAACCAGGGCCAGGAUUUUCAAGCUCGCAAAGAAUCUCGAGAACUAGAGGAUAAACCAAUACAAAACCAAUACCAAAAGAGCAGUUUUGAGGUUGAAGAUGCAAGAUUUAAAAGAUAUAUGGAAACAGAUUAUUCUCCUCAAACAGAUUUUAACUUUAAACCAGCAAAAUACUAUCCAAAGGAACCAUACCAGGAACCAUAUCAGGAACCAUAUCAGGAACCAUAUCAGGAACCAUAUCAGGAACCAUAUAAAGAAACAUAUCAAGAACCAUAUAUAGAACUGUAUCAGGAACCAUAUAAAGAACCAUAUCAGGAACCAUAUCAAGAACCAUAUAUAGAACCGUAUCAGGAACCAUAUAAAGAACCAUAUCAAGAACCAUAUAUAGAACCAUAUCAAGAGAACUUUGUUGAUCCGUAUUCAAGUGAACCCACCUCUCCUUACAGUGAUCCAUUCUUGAACUUUGAAAUCCCAAAACUAAACUAUAAAAGUGCCAUUCCACACAGCAAAUCAGCUGACCCAUAUUCUCCAAACCACCUCCCUCCCCCCCAUAUCCCUGAGAGGCAUGAGCCCCUGGAACUGCAUGGUAGUAAAGCUGAUCACCAUGAUGUAGAGCAUAACUCGCAUCAGUUUGUUCGUGUAGAGGCCCCAUACAGCUGGGAGGCAGGUCAUCUUCGAGGAGCACCUACUCAUAGUGUACAACAGCAUACUCAUAGACAGGGGAAAACUUUUAAACAGCAGGUAAGCUGGCAGGAUUCAGAUGAAGGAUAUGGAAAACAUUACUUUGAGUAUAAUCAUUAGGUGCAAUGCAGUACAGUACAGAACAGUGCAGUACAGUGCAGAACAGUUCAGUAAAUUGCAGCACAUUGCACUGCAGUGAAGUGCAGUAAAGUGCUGUACAGUAAAGUACAAUAAAGUGUGUACAGUGGAAUGCCGUACAAUACAGUAUAGUACUGAUCAUUGCAGUUAACGUUAAGUACACUGAAUUACAAGCCAGUAAAGUACAGUUCGAGAUAAACAGUUCUAAUAAAGACACUUAGUAAACUGGAGAACAUGAGAAAAAAGAAAUAUUUGUAUAUGUUUGAUUUAAGUCAACAAAAAGCAUCAUGAUUUCGAUUUAAGGCCUGGGAGGGGACUAGACCAGGGACCUGAUUUUUUUAAUAGAAGAAUCAGUUGAUCCACACAGAUUUAACUUGUGAACUGGUUGAACCUGCGGUAUAAUGCGGUUCAUCUAUUUCUUACAAAUUACAAUUUAUCAAAUCUGGACCUGGAAGAAUUUUGUUAUCUUUGUAGAAUUAUAGAAAGAAAUAGAAAAUAGGGCUUAUUGUUAUAAUUAAGCCUAAAAUAUGUAAACAUAUUUUUUGAAAGUUCACAAUA